CAGACACCAGAAAAAAGGAUACAAUUGCUUCUCGAAAAAAAAACGAAAUAAUUUGUUAAUGGUGUUGACCGAUCCUGCUGUUGUUUAGUUUUAAGAACAUUUUGUCGAGGAUUAUAGACCACCUCCCAUCAAAUAAAAGGAUAAUAGUUUCGCCGCAUGUUGAGAAAAAUGGAUGUCCUUCGACAAUGUGGAUAAUUAUGGAAACACUAUAUCUCAUCUUAAGUUUCAAAAUUUCAAUUUGAAUGCAUCUGAAGAAUUUGAGUUUUAAGAUCAACGUCGUCGUCAUCGCCCACUAGACAGUAGAGCAUUGCAAUAAGUAAACCAGCAGCCCUCCUCCUCCCCCCAAAGCCAAAACCCCAUUCCACACCUAAGAACAUAGAGCAACAGCAUCAACAGCAGUAGUGGUUUUAGACUGUUACUUUUUUUUUGUGGCCCGCGUGCAAUUAGCCAUGGAGAAUCUUGGUUACAAGGAGGGUUCAACCAAACCGCGACGCAUGACACGCUCCAUUAGUGUGGUGACCAAAAGUGAUGCUGAACAACCAUUGGCGGGCAAUAAUACAAAUCGCUUAAAAUCCAUACCGCCCAAUCUGAUGGUCAGAUGGCGUAACAAUACCGAUGCUAUGAUCGAAGCCCAAUAUCCGACACCAGGAGAAUUUGAAUAUAUGGAAUGUGGACCAUCGCCGCCAGCUGAAAGUGCACCCAGUAUGUAUGAUAGUUUCGAAGAACCCACCAGUGAGUUGAGCGUACAGAUAUGCAAUGAUACGUUGCGCAUUAGCCUCAUAGAUCAGAUGAAAAAUGCCGCUGGCCGUAUACGCUAUUUCGAGGAUAUUGAACAGGGUAAUGUGAUUGGAGAUAAUACGAAGACCCAUUUUGAGUCGGCCUCACAAAUCGAAAAGAAUUUAUGUUAUCUGUGGUCGGCAUUCUUGAAGAGAUGGGAUCUGUUGCAGAGUCUGCUGGACAUUGGAGCUGAGUUGAAUUUUUGUGAUCAAAAUGGCAUAUCGGCCAUGCAUUUGGGGGCAUUCAGCGGUUGCCUGUCGACGUUGAAUUUUCUGGUCCAGAAGGGUAUGAAUGUUAAUUUCCAGCCGAAAUGUUAUACGCCCUUGCAUUGUGCAGCCUUUGGGAAUAGUACGGAGGCAGCGAAAUAUUUAAUAAAUAAUGGUGCCCAGAUUUCGAUUGAUACCACCAAACCGAAUUGUGAGGAGAGUCUGCUGCAUUGUGCCGUGAGGGCAAAUGCCCUGGAGUGCCUGCAAUUGUUUAUCAAUGAGGGAGCUGAUGUAAAUUCCCUAAAACCGAAUGGUACAAAUGCCAUACAUUUGGCAGCCGAUUUGGGUAAUGCCCAGUGUUUGGAAAUAUUGCUAAGAGCUCCCGGGGCUGAUCCAAAUGUGCGGAUUUGCAUACGUGAGAAGGAAUCCACCGCCUUGCACUUGGCUGCCGAUGAGGGUAAUGUGGAGUGUGUGGAUUUGCUGCUGGCCAAGGGAGCCGAUGCCAAGUUGAAAAAUCAUCGCGGAUUUACAGCCUUGCAUUUGGCUGCUCGCACCUCCAGCUUGGAGUGUGUGGAAUCCCUGCUGAGAAAUGGCAAUGCUGAUCCCAAUGCCGAGGAUUUUGAUCAUCGCACUCCGCUGCAUGCGGCAAUUGGUAAAUCGGAAAAUGCCUUUGACAUCAUGGAGCUGCUCAUACAAUGGGGAGCGAAUGUCAAUCACAAGGAUAUCUAUGGCUUUACUGCCCUCCAUUUGGCCGCCCUGGAUGGUUUGGCGCCUUGUGUGGAAAUGUUGAUAUAUCAUGGUGCCGAUGUGACUACGAAAUCGAAAAAAGGCACCAGUGCCUUGAAUGUCAUAACACGCAAGACCCCUGCCUCGGUGGCCAUGAUACGGCAGAAAUUGGAUGCCGCCAUUACCCUACAUCAUUCCCAGGAUCCGGUUAAUCGUGAAGUAGAAUUAGAAUUGGAUUUUCGCCAGCUGCUGCAACAUUGUCAUCCACGGGAGAUUAGUUAUUUGAAUACCUUUGUGGAUGAGGGCCAAAAGGAGAUCCUGGAACAUCCGCUCUGCUCUUCGUUUCUCUACAUCAAAUGGGGUAAAAUUAGAAAAUAUUAUAUCGGACGUUUGAUAUUUUGUUUUAUUUUUGUGAUUUUCCUUACGAUCUAUGUCCUCACUGCCCUGGCCCAUAAUUGCUACAAUGUUAGCAACAAUGACAAUUCCACCAUCCAGGCCCAGGAGUUGUGCCAGUCGCAAUCGAUUCUGGGUGAUAUGUUGCGCAGCAAUCCCUUUGUCAUGGAAAUGCAAUGGGGUGUCCUGGUGGCCAUAACCAUAGUUGAGAUAUGUCGUAAACUCUAUGGCAUAACGGGCUAUUCCUCAUUUCGCCAUUAUGUCACCCAGGUGGAGAACAUCAUGGAAUGGUUUGUCAUAACCAGUGUCUUUCUCAUCUCCUAUGUGUAUACGAAGAAAACGUACACGUUUCAAAAUCACAUUGGGGCCUUUGCGGUGCUACUGGGCUGGACAAAUCUCAUGUUGAUGAUUGGCCAGCUGCCGGUAUUCGAUGUCUAUGUGGCCAUGUACACCAGGGUCCAGGGUGAAUUUGCCAAACUCUUCAUGGCCUAUUCGUGUAUGUUGAUUGGUUUUACCAUUUCAUUUUGUGUGAUAUUUCCCUCCUCCUCCUCCUUUGCGAAUCCCUUUAUGGGUUUCAUAUCCGUGCUGGUCAUGAUGAUUGGAGAACAGGAUCUCUCGCUGCUGAUCAAUGAUCCGGAUGGUAAAGAUCCUCCCUUCCUAUUAGAAGUUAGUGCUCAAAUUACAUUUGUAUUAUUUCUACUAUUUGUUACCAUAAUUCUCAUGAAUCUCCUGGUGGGUAUUGCGGUCCAUGAUAUUCAGGGUCUCAAAAAGACAGCGGGCCUCUCAAAACUAGUACGGCAAACGAAAUUGAUUUCCUACAUAGAAUCGGCCCUAUUCAAUGGUUAUCUGCCCACCUGGCUACGCAAUUUACUGCACUACACUGCCUUGGUUUCGCCCCAGGCGUAUCGUGUGGUGUUGUGCGUAAAGCCCCUAAACCCAAGUGAAAAACGUCUACCCCGUGAUAUACUCAUGAAAGCCUAUGAGGUGGGUAAAAUGCGUAAACAUUUUGGCCACACCAUUUCGGCCAAGAAUUCCGAUGCCACAUACUUGUCGUAUAAAAACAAAUACAACAGUGAAUCGGUACAGACACCCACCACUCCGAGUACACCCUAUGCCCCGGAGGAUUUUGAGGCCACUGUUUUGGCAAAUAUUAACACAAAAAUCGAUGACAACACCGAUCGUAUUGAAUACUUGACACAGGAAAUUCAGGAACUUAAACAGGCUUUGAUUACGCAACAACAGCAGGCAAGCAAAGUUAUCGAUAAGUUGCUAAUAGUCAUUUCGAAUCAGCAGAAGAAUAAUUUAAGGAAAUAAUAUUGAAUAUUGAAGAUAAAAAAAUUGAAAAAUUACCAAGAAAUUAAUUUCGAUAAUUUUCGAUAAAUGUUAUUUUGUCAGAAAUUAUGAGGAAUGGGGGAGCCAAAUUAAAGAAGAACGAUAAAAUGGUAUUCAUUGAACCGUCACAAAAGUAAAUAAAUAUAAAAAUCGAAAAUCAUUAAUGAAAUUAAUUUCGAUAAUUUUCGAUAAAUGUUAUUUUGUCAGAAAUUAUGAGGAAUUUGGGAGCCAAAAUGAAAAUAAUCGAUAAAAUGGAAUUAUUUGAAGUGUCACAAAAGUUAAUAAAUAAAAAAAAUAGAAAAUAAUCAAAGAAAUUAAUUUCGAUAAUUUUCGAUAAAUGAUAUUUUCUUAUAAACUUUGAGGAAUUUGGAAGCCAAAAUGAAAAUAAUCGAUAAAAUGGAACUAAUUACAGUGUCACAAAAGUAAAUAAAUAAAAAAAAUUGAAAAAUAAUCAAUGAAAUGAAUUUCGAUAAUUUUCGAUAAAUGUUAAUUUGUUAUAAACUUUGAGGAAUUUGGGAGCCAAAAAAUAAAAUAAUUGAUAAAAUGGACUUAAUUGAAUUGCCACAAUAAUGAAUAAAUAAAAAAUGGAAAAUAAUCAAAGAAAUUAAUUUCGAUAAAUUCCGAUAAAUGGUAUCUUGUCAUAUAUUAUAAGAAUAUGGAAUCCCAAAAGAAGAUUACCCAUAAACAGAAUAAAUGUUAUUGUCCCAAAAGUGAUUGAAUUCAAUAAUCCCAAAAAAAUU